AUGACACGAGAAACAUUCUUGGAUAAGUUGGCGGAACAACUUGGUUGGUAUGGAGCGGAUCGAGGAAUCUUUUGCCACAGAGAAGAUUGCUUUUAUGUCAAAGACACUUUUGGAGGAGUUACAGCAAGAGAUCGACCAGUUCGAUCAAUCUACAUCUACGGCUUUUACACGGUGGCUGUUUCCCAAGCAAUACUCAAUAUUCCGACACUGUACAAUGAUGGCAACUUGGACACAUCAAAAUGGUCGAUUAACAAAAGCUUUGUUCAACCAAUCGGAUACAUGUUUCCGACGGUUUCUGGGAUUUUUGCCUCACGGGCCUUACCGAAUGAUGAAACAACCAACGGAAAUGUUCUCUUUAUCGGACUUGGCGGAGGAACGCUGAACAACUUGUUGACAGCCGGUUUUCCCAAUAUAAACGUAACGUCUGUUGACAACAAUCCGGUGAUGAAACGUUUAGCUGUUGAGUUGUUUGAUAAUGUUGAAAAUGAGAAAAACCAUAUUGUGAUCGGCGAUGGAGUCGAGUUUAUGAAGAAUGAGACGAAAAGAGGAGCUCAAUAUGAUGCAAUAAUCGGUGACGUUUGUUACAAUAACGGGGAUAAGCCGAAUAUUUGCCCAAUUGAUUUGUUUUUGAAUGAUGAUGUCAUUGAAAUUUACAAGAAGCUACUGAAACCAACAGGUUUUCUUGCUCAUAAUGUUGUAGCUAAAGGUGAGAUUGAGAUGCAAGACGAGAUCAUUCAAAAUAUACUAAAACUCCAUAUGAAACACUUUGGAGAGGAGAAUUGUGUCAUGCACAAAUGUCAUUCGAUCAGGAAUUUUGUCCUGAUGUGUCGCUCAAUCGGUUUCCCAUCGAAAGACGACUAUCGACGCGUCGAAGAAGCGUUCGCUGAUCGUUUUGAAUACACAAUAGUCGAAAAUGAACAA